GGUCUUGUCGUGCUUCAACUACGCUCCCAUCAACAAGUUAGUCCGAAUUAUCCUCACAUUCGAUUUGAUAAGUGAGACAAGACUUAUAUACAGACACAAGGACGCGAUUUUUCAAGUACCAAACCCUACUCUGCCCUUGACAAGUUUUAGUCUCAAUUGUCCUCUUGCUAAGUUAGACCCAUACAGACGGUAGCACACGAAUUACCAGUGCUCCCCUCAACAAGUUAGCCUGAAUUAGUCUCACAUUUUGAUUCGAUAAGUGAAACGAGACUCCUACAGACACAAGCAAAUACACGAAUUACAACUACCAAAACCUACCCUGCCCUUGACAAAUUUUACUCCAAAUUAUCCUCCCAUAAGUACAUACACGAAUUACCAAACAUGUUUAUCACCACUACCAAAAAACCUCCAAACAGCAGAAAACCCUGCAGUUCUUACCAGACAAAUUGAUUAAUCAGGAGAAGCUUGGUUGGCAAAGAGCAAUUUCCUGUUAGUCUACAGUCUAGCGGGGAAAUUGAGACACUUUUUACGGCUUUCACUUUUACGACUCUCUCAGAGAAGAACAGAGCAGAAGAUAACUUCACUACGUAUCUACUUCGCUGCUCGUACACUUUCCGUCAUUCCGCAAUCACAUCACAUCUCCCCUUUUUUUACGGCAUAUAUUUAGGUGACUGAUGAUGAUGAGGCUAAUAAUCGUGGUGACCUUCUCUUUUUGAUCUCCACACAUUUCCUCUUUACACAAACAAACAGACUUUUGCAUCCUCCUCCUUCCUUUCCGUCGUAUGUACAUACAUUCAUUAGACUGGAGCCCAUGUCAAUCUCACGCUCCGUUAGGUCCUAAUCAUACCCGACCCAGCAUUUUUCGGGAAUCACAUCACAUCACAUAAACAAAAGUUAUGACUCCGCGUAGUCAUCGUUUAGAGACCACACACUGAACUAAAAAGUUUUUACUCAUCUUCAACUUAACCGUGUAUCAAGUAUAACGAGUAAAGUGCUUCCCAUUAAAAGCCCCCGUGUAAACACACUCAAACGAGUCCCGAUAAGCAAACACUUCAAAAAAUGGAGUGCUUUCCAGCUAUUUCUUAACCUCACAAAACAAAACCACCUUUCAUUUCACCAUGUGCACCUCCUCGUCUCACUUGAUCUUCAGGUUGCUACUCCUCCAAAAAAUCCUUCUCCUCCUUCCCCCAUUUUCCAUCUGUACGGAAAUCCCCCCUCUCGAAGAUCUCACUUCCCAAUCCCCCCAGGAAAUCCCCCUCCAGCAAAAACUGGAACAAGUCUUCGGCCCCAACUUUCUCAAAACUUACAAAAAGUCUGAAAGCAGCUCUGAAACUAAUUCAUCUCCCGAAGACUUUGAAACCGUCGAAGACGAAAUCCUGGAGGAACGAACCACCCGAAAAUCCUACAUCGGGCUGCCCCCCACCCCCCACGUCACUAAUCCCCCCCACGUGACCAAAUUCCCCAUCAUAAUCCCCUCCGAAAUGGACAUCGUCACCGAGCUAGGCGACAACGUGGUCUCCUCCUCCUCCGAAUCCCUCCCGCCUUAUUCCUCCUCCGAAACUAACUCCUCCUCCUCCCCCCGAAAAACACGUGGCCGCAUCGCCACAUCCGCCCACUUCCGGCGGACGUGCGGCGACUCCAUGGAAAACUGCGACAGUGGACGCCCGGAUUUUAUCUCGUUCGCGCAAAAGCCGCACUACUGCCGGUGCGACAAGGGGACCUGCGACACGUUCGGAGACUGCUGCUGGACCAUCGCGGUGACCCUGUUGUACCGAAAUCCGUGGAAGUGUCACCGCGUCCAGCAUGAGAAUUCGUGGGCGCUGAUGAUCAGCAAGUGUUCGGAAGAGUAUAAAAGUUCCGUGGGGGUGGUGGAGAGGGGGGUCGUUAAGUCGUGUGAGUCGCCGAUGACGAUGACCCCGGGGGAGGCGUAUACUCAUUUGCAUGAUAUUCCCGUCGUGUCGAAUGUGACGAACAAUCUUUACAGGAACAUCUUUUGCGCCCAGUGUAACGGAUUGGGGGCGCAGGACCUCGUCAAACUGCGUCUCUUUCUCCGCUGCUCGAAAAAGUUUAAUUCUUCCGCCGAACGGGAGGAGUUUGUCGGACGGGCGAAGUACGUGAGGGGGAAGAGAGUCUGGGUUCUAGAUGAAGGAACAAAUUCCACUGCAAAUUCUUCUUCCGAGGCGGUCGCAUGCGGUAUUUGGUCGCCCGAUUUGGACCCCCGCCUCCUCUACCAGACCGUCCUUGGGAUCCGGUACUGCCGACGCCAGGUGAUUGACAAGUGUCCCAAAGACUACGCCAAGAAUAACCCCACCGUCGCGGCGCUCUGUAACAGUUACACGCAGCUCGUCGAAAGCAGGCCGGGCUACGUGUUCAAAAAUCCACAUUGUGCCGAAUGCUACGGGCUGGAUGCCAAGUGGGAUUUACGGUGUUUGAAGGAAGGUUCUGGCAUGAAAACGUCCCCCAACACGACGCACCAACAAGGAAAAAUUACCCCUGGCGCGGCCGGGGCCAGCUUGGACUCGACCGGGCUCAGCCUCCUUUUCGACUUUGACCUUGUCUCCGGGGGGAAUUAUGUGGGGUACGAGUCGACCUGCCCGGGGGACACGAUGUGGGACUUUUUACGGCAAAAAUGCACGGCCACGAUGUGCGGAAAGGAGUACGAGUUGGAUCACGGGGAUGGCAAGUGCAAACCAAAGGAGGACCCAGAUCCUCAAGGUCCGGACGAAACCAGUUCUUCCGCGGGGGAUAAUGAUACGAUGCCGACGGACGGAAGUAACUCGACUUCUUCUCUGGAUAAUCAGGACAAUGAGAACAAUGCAAAUUCGUCUUGUUACGUUCUAAUCGUGCACGAUUCUGAGUACACCCUCCUCCCCAACAACUCGGUCCUCGUCACCCCGAACAAAACCGCCACGAAGUCAUCACCCCCACCCCCGCUGAUCUUCCACCCCGGGGAGUACGAGGUUUGGAACGAGUCGUCCAUCUCCAUCUGCGCCAGAGACCUCGAGACCUCCUUCCGCCCCCGUUUUUCCCCCGUCCUCAACUACUUGUCCCUCUCGGCGCUGGGCUGUUCCGUGGUCUUCUCCCUCCUGCACAUCCUCCUCUUCGUGAUCCUCCCCAAACUACGGAACCUGCCCGGAAAGAACUUGUUCUGCUUGACGUUGUCCCUCCUCAUCUCGCAGUUCUUGUUCCUCGCCUUCAUCACCGCAAAGGUGGAGGCGAUCUGCGUCGCGGCGUCCGUUCUGAUGCACUACUUCUUUCUGGCCUCCUUCUUCUGGAUGAAUGUCAUGAGUUUCGACAUUUGGCGAACCUUUUCGGCACAGUUUAUGACCCGACAUUCCUCCUCAGAACCCCUCAUUACAGGAAAUUCCGGCCUCUUCCUAAAAUACUCUCUCUACGCCUGGGGCGCGCCCCUCCUCAUCCUCUCCAUUUCCACCUCCAUCGACUUCCUCUUCGCCGAAUUGGACUCUUCAGAAUCCUCCCUCCGACUAAUCCGGCCUCUUUACGGGCACAACAACCUCUGCUGGAUUGGUCAGGGGGUCGCGCUCUUCCUGUUUUUCGCGCUCCCCGCCGUCAUCCUGAUCGCGCUGAAUAUCCUCCUUUUCGGCUGGACCGCGCAAGCCAUCCUGCGCCAGAGUCGGGACGCGCAGCGGGUUUUUAACGGUGACAAGGAGGACAAGAACAAGAGGAACAAUGGCGGUCAAGAGACUAAAAACAGCCCUGACCCCUGCAGUCGACGGACUUCCUCCUCUUCGGAAGCGGAAGUCCAGCGGAUGAAGUUGUACAUGAAGCUCGGCGUGAUAAUGGGGGUCACGUGGAUCCUGGGCUUUCUCAGCGGGAUUUCUGAAUGGGAAUGGUUGUGGUAUCCGUUCGUUUUGGUGAACGGGUUGCAAGGAACGUUCAUUUUUUUCGGGUUUGAUGCUAAGCUGAAAGUUUGGAAUAUGUUGGUGGAGCGGGUCACUUGUGGGAAGAAAGGGGGACGGCAAGGUCAAGGUCAUGGGGGCGGAACUUCUGCGGGGGGAGGGACGAAGGGGGGACGCCGAUCGACCAUUGGGGAUGGAGCGGAGGCCACGUCGAAUUGGCGGAGGGAGACGACCACAAGCACGACGAGUGGUGGAGUUGGAGUUAUUAUUAAGAAUAAUAAGAGGGAAAGUAUUUCGCGAAUGUUGCCAGUUUAAUUGUAAAUUUUAAUUGUAAUUUAUUACUUUUGGCGAAUAAAUUGAUGUUCUGAGGAGGCUCUUAAGUAUUAUUCAUCGAGGCUGCUUGGGGGAUUAAUUUGCAUUCUGAAUUGAAAGUUGUGUGAGUUAAUUUAGUUCGCAAAUUAGUAAAAUACAAGAUUUGCACAAUUUGGAACAAAUUAAAAUCGCUAUGUAAUAAUUUCCCAAUUUCUCAUCAGAUUUGCAUGCAAUUUCGAAAACUAAAUGUAUUUGCAUUUUGCACGCUUUAUUGUAGGCGAUAAAUAGAAAGAUGUGAUAAAUUGCAAAUUAUCUAAUAAAACGAAAAUUAGUAAUAUGGGUAUGGA